ACCCUGGUGGAGCCCCAGCUCUGCGCAGCAGAGAAGCCGGCGAGGAGCGCACUCCCAGCAACCGAGCGUGCCGGCCCCGGCAGGCAGACGCGGAGGGGUGGCUGCUGCGGGGACCAGCCAGGCCGCGGGCGCCGGGAUUGCUCCUCGGGUGCCUGCGAGAGAACCGCGGCGCUGCAGCUUCAGGCAGGCGCGGCGGCGGCAGCGGCGCGGGGACCCGCCGGGCGGCGCCUGGGUUCGGACGCGCGAGGAGCACCUGGAGCCUCCGCUGAGCCGCGCGCAGCUUGAGAAAAUAUGACCCUGGGGAAUACUGGAUGUGAGAAAGCUGUGCAGCCUGAGCUGAAAACGAGCCGCUGUCCUCCAGCAGUCUCCAAGCAAGCAGAGGCAUGUCCCUGAGGCAGGAAGACAUGACCAUGAUUUAGCUCCGUGAGCGUCUGCUGACAGCACGCUGUGUGUCCUGGGGCCUUGUAAGAAACGGCUGGCAAAGACUGAGGUCACCGCUUUACCCAGCUGGGCUGUAUCUUUGCAGUGACCCACAGGUGUGAGUGAGACCCAGGGAGGUCAUGGCACUGCUGCUGGAGGAACUCCCCAUUUCUGGGUCAUUUGUGUGGGCCCUGCUGUGAAAUGAGCCAAGCAAGGACUUGUCAGACACAUCCUUCCUUCAGUCUCUGAGCACUCCAGGAGCGGCGACUGUUCCACUGUCAUUCUAAUUGUGUCCUGUCCUCUGGCCAAGGCAAAGAGCCCAGUGUUGAGUACGCAUCCCUUCGGCUAGGUCACCAGCCCGAACAUGCACACAGAUGGUGCCAGUGGCAGCCAGGGGUCCCAUGGCCCAUGGGGCCCCUUGGGGUCCAGCUCCCAGGAGCAGCCUGUCCCAUGAUGCUGCUCUCUGGGAGUGAGCACCAUGCCCAUCACCCAGGACAAUGCCAUGCUGCACCUGCCCCUCCUCUGCCAGUGGCUGCAGAACAGCCUGCGGGAGGGUGGGGACGGGCCAGAGCAGCGGCUCUGCCAGGCGGCCAUCCGGAAGCUGCAGGAGUACAUCCAGCUGAACUUUGCUGUGGAUGAGAGCACAGUCCCACCUGACCACAGCCCCCCGGAGAUGGAGAUCUGUACUGUGUACCUCACCAAGGAGCUGGGGGACACAGAGACUGUGGGCCUCAGUUUUGGAAACAUCCCCGUUUUUGGGGACUAUGGAGAAAAGCGCAGAGGGGGCAAGAAGAGGAAAACCCACCAGGGCCCUGUGCUGGACGUGGGCUGCAUCUGGGUGACGGAGCUGAGGAAGAACAGCCCGGCAGGGAAGAGCGGGAAGGUCCGACUGCGGGAUGAGAUCCUCUCCCUGAAUGGGCAGCUGAUGGUUGGAGUUGAUGUCAACGGGGCCAGUUACCUGGCUGAGCAGUGCUGGAAUGGCGGCUUUAUCUACCUGAUCAUGCUGCGUCGCUUCAAGCACAAAGUCCACACUCCUUAUAAUGGUAACGCUAACAGCAGCUCUGAACCAGGAGAGACACCUACCCUGGAGCUGGAGGACCGAGCUGUGAAAAAAGGGAAAAGAGCAAGAAAAUUUGGGGUGAUUUCCAAGCCUUCUACCCACAAGGCCCCUGAGGAAUCCAAGAGCAGUACUGGGUGUGAGCUGGACAGCGACCCCAUCUCAGAGCCGGAUAAUGGCCCAGACCCUGAAAUUGGAAACGGUCACACUUUUGAGCUAGAAGAUGGCCCAGAUUCUCUCAAGGAGGUGGCUGGAUGCCAUCUAGACAGGUCAGAGGCAGACAGAGGGACAGAGCCUAGAAUCCCAAAGACAGAUGCACCUCUGCCCACAAGCAAUGACAAAGGCUGCUUCUCAAAAUCUGGGAAGACAGACUUCCAGUCAAGUGACUGCCUGGCACGGGAGGAAGUUGGCCGGAUAUGGAAGAUGGAGCUGCUUAAAGAAUCGGAUGGGCUGGGAAUUCAGGUUAGUGGAGGCCGAGGAUCAAAGCGCUCACCUCACGCUAUCGUUGUCACCCAAGUGAAGGAAGGAGGUGCCGCUCACAGGGAUGGCAGAUUGUCCUUAGGCGACGAGCUGCUGGUAAUCAAUGGUCACUUGUUGGUUGGCCUCUCCCACGAGGAAGCUGUGGCCAUUCUUCGCUCAGCCACUGGAAUGGUUCAGCUGGUGGUGGCCAGCAAGGAAAGCUCUGCAGAGGACCUCCUGAGGCUGACAUCUAAGAGUUUGCCUGAUCUGACCAGCUCAGUAGAAGACGUGUCCUCUUGGACUGACAACGAAGACCAGGAGCCAGAUGGGGAAGAAGACGUAGGCACCAGCUCGUCUGCCAUCCAGGGAGCAAUGCCUGGGACAGAUGAGCCCCAAGAUUUGUGUGGCCUCGAGGAAUCCAAGGGGAACCUGGAAAGUCCCAAACAGGGCAGCAGUAAAAUGAAGCUCAAGAGUCGUCUUUCAGGGGGUGUACACCGUCUGGAGUCUGUUGAGGAAUACAAUGAGCUGAUGGUGCGAAACGGGGACCCCCGGGCCAGGAUGUUGGAGGUCUCCCGCGACGGCCGAAAGCACUCCCUUCCCCAGCUCCUGGACUCUGGUGGAGCGGCACAGGAAUACCACAUUGUGAAGAAGUCCACCCGCUCCCUCAGCACCACCCAGGUGGACUCUCCUUGGAGACUCAUUCGGCCAUCAGUCAUCUCUAUCAUUGGGCUCUACAAAGAAAAAGGCAAGGGCCUUGGCUUCAGCAUUGCUGGAGGUCGAGACUGCAUUCGAGGACAGAUGGGGAUUUUUGUCAAGACCAUUUUCCCAAAUGGAUCAGCUGCAGAGGAUGGAAGACUUAAAGAAGGGGAUGAAAUCCUAGAUGUGAAUGGAAUACCAAUAAAGGGCUUGACAUUUCAAGAAGCCAUUCAUACCUUUAAGCAAAUCCGGAGUGGAUUAUUUGUCUUAACGGUGCGCACAAAGUUACUGAGCCCAAGCCUGACGCCCUGCUCAACACCCACGCAUGUGAGCAGAUCCAGCUCCCCAAACUUCAACGCCAGUGGGGGGACCCCAGCAGGGGGCUCCGAUGAAAGCAGUUCUUCAUCCCUGGGUCGGAAGACCCCUGGGCCCAAGGACAGAAUUGUCAUGGAAGUAACACUGAACAAAGAGCCAAGAGUUGGAUUGGGUAUUGGGGCCUGCUGCCUGGCUCUAGAAAACAGCCCUCCGGGCAUCUACAUUCACAGCCUUGCCCCAGGAUCAGUGGCCAAGAUGGAGAGCAACCUGAGCCGUGGAGAUCAAAUCCUGGAAGUGAAUUCAGUCAACGUUCGCCAUGCUGCUUUAAGCAAAGUCCACGCCAUCUUGAGCAAAUGCCCCCCAGGACCUGUUCGCCUUGUCAUUGGCCGACACCCUAAUCCAAAGGUUUCCGAGCAGGAAAUGGAUGCAGUGAUAGCACACAGCACUUACCAGGAGAGCAAAGAGGCCAAUUCCUCCCCUGGCUUAGGCAUCCCCUCGAGGAGUCCCUCUCUUGCAAAAAAGGACUCCCUGAUUUCCGAAUCUGAGCUCUCCCAGUACUUUGUCCAAGAUGUCCCAGGCGCCUUGUCAGACUUCGUGGUGGCCGGCUCUGAGGACGAGGACCACACGGGGAGCGGCUGCAGCCCCUCCGAGGAUGGCUGCCUGCCACCCACCACCUCCACUCCCAAGGAACCAGGAAAAGCAAGGGCCAACAGCCUGGUGUCUUUAGGAAGCCAGCGGGCCUCUGGGCUCUUCCACAAGCAGGUGACAGUUGCCAGACAAGCCAGUCUCCCUGGGAGCCCUCAGGUGCCCCGAAACCCUCUCCUUCGCCAGAGGAGGGUGGGCCGCUAUGAUGCUGAGGAUGCCAGCGACGAGGGAGAGUUUGAUGGCGAAGGCAACUGCCUCUCCCUGCCUGGGAGCCUCCCAGGUCCCAGCAGGCCUCUGAUGGAGGACGACUCUAGGCAUGUCUUGACGACCUCUCCCAAGGUCAUGGGGCGAGACGACCAAGAGGAACAGCCCCAGAAAACACUGGUCAGCAAGGCCUCCUCAGUGCCUCUCUUUGGCAGCCCAUUGGACUUAGAGGAGAGUGUCCCAGGGGGCCUGAGGGUCACUUCUUCCCAUGCAGCCAGCCUGCUGGCCUGUGCAGAGGCCCCCAGAGGUGGGCCAGACUGUUUGGGAAGGAGGGGGCUGUCAGGAUCCGGGAGUUCACCCAAACUGGAAUAUGAGGCUGACACAGGCACCCAGAGGCUGAUGAGCACGGAGAGCCCAAGCUCCCCCCAGCAGAAGGAAGACAAGCUGGGGGUCAGGCACAAACCAGUGGCCAGGGUCAGCCCGCACUGCAAGAGGCCAGAGGCUGAGGCCAGGCCCAGUGGCUCAGAAACAGUAAACCUGACUGAUGGGGCUGACGGCCGCUGCGGCCUUGACUUGAAAGUGCAGAACACUUGCAUCCGAGUGACCGUGACUGGUUUUCGGCCGGGUGGAACCUCAGAGAAGGAAUCUCUGGGAAAGCUGGCCAUCCAGGAUGAGUGUGUUCCUCCCAAAUGCCUGCGAGCCAGUGUUCUGCCCCACCCCGCAGAGAACCUGCCUGGAGCUGCACCAGAGCGGACAGGACCGGACAGCUCCCCAGACCUCAUCCCUUCCCCGGGGCAGAUGGGGGCAGCUGACCCUGAGCCCAGCAAGACCUCAGUGGACUCGGGGCAAGUGAGAUGGCCAGAGGACCUCAGAAAGCCAGCGUCACCCUGGGUCCCUGAGUCUGAGGACAGAUCUCAAGUCUGCCUCACCCAGGAGUGCAGCACAUCCCUGGGGAAGGCGGCCGCAGCUCGUCCUGACUUCAGCAGCACUCCGGCAGCCCCAGAAGCCAGCUCACCCGGCAGCACCAGGAAGGCAUCACACAGCAGAGUGGCCCCCGAGGAAGAGGGAGCACCUACAGCUGGUGCCAUCCUGUCACGAGACCACCUCAUGCCCCAGGUGGAGAGACGCAGAGACGCAGGUAAACACAGCAAGGCUGAGCAGACGACAGGAAUCCUCGCACCUGAGGACUCCUGGGAGUCCCCUCUGCUCGCGGGGAGACCCUCUGUGUCUGAGAGGGCACCUCAGGCCAGCCGCCCCCUGCCAGUGCCCGCUGACAAGACCCAAAAGGUGUGCGACGGUGUCCCUGGGCACUGCCACCCCCAGGACAGUGCAGUGAGCCCCGUGACUGAUAUCGACAGGCUCAUCAAGGACUUGGAUGCGUCUGAAGCAAGACUUCAGUCCCCUUCAGAAGGGGACUGGGUGCGCCCAGAGGGCGGUGCUCAGGGUCAGCCUCCUGCAGGAGCUGGAGGUGGAAGUUCCCGCCAUGCUGAGCCAGCACUGGGGAGCCAGACCCACACCCCGAGGAGGGCCUGGGCUGCUGGCCAACCCCCUCACCCACAGUGGGCCUCCCAGCCUUCAGUUUUGGAUUCGAUUAAUCCUGACAAGCAUUUUACUGUGAACAAAAACUUUUUGAGCAACUACUCUAGGAAUUUUAGCAACUUUCACGAAGACAGUAUGACCCUGCCGGGCCCGGAUGGCAAUACGGAGCCGCCUCUCCCAUCCAUGUAUGGUGAUGCCGAGGACUCGUCUGACCCCGAGUCACUCAUGGAAGCCCCACAAGCUUGCACCAGGGACAACUGGUCACCUCCUCGUCCUCCUGGGUCAUCUCACAGGGAUGAUACCACGGAGUCUGAGGAGGAGCAAAUCGAAAUGUGUUCCACAAAUGGCCCCCCCAGGGUACCCGGCCUGGCUUCCCAGGCACCUGCGCAGGCUGUACCCCACCCUGCUUUAGCCAAAGUCCUGCCAUUAAAGCACAGCACUCCAGGUCCAGUGGCGGGAAAUCCACAGGAGGGCACGUUCUUCUUGCCAGGAGCCUCGUACUCUUCAAUCCCAGACUCUUCCCAGCCAUUUUCUCUCUCGGAUCAAGGUUCUCAGGAGCAUGAACCUCACAUGGACACGAGGAUUUCGCAAAACCCCAGGCCCACAAGUGAGGAAGAAACCACAGGAGCCCCCGGGGCCAGCUCGGCUACAGAAAACAGCCAGCUUCCCAAAGCUACCAGGCAUUUUUACAGCCUUCCAGUCAUUCUCAGCAGCCCAAACAUGGUAAAUGGUUUGCAGCAUGACUCGCCAGGUGGCAAAGCCCCAAAUAAAAGACAAGAAACAAAUGUUAAUGCAACUGAAAAUCCAUCCACCUUUAGUGAGGAUCUCCCUAAGGAUGGAGAAUCUGUUUUGGCAAAUCUACACAUCUCCGAAAGUCAAGACCUGGAGGGCAUGCUACAGAAACCAAAAAUGACCCCCCGGAGGCCAAUCAUGGCCUGGCUUAAAGAAAUAAAUAAAAAUACCCAAGGUACACAUUCCCAGAACAAAACUGAAAAGGAUCAAUCCAUGAUGCCAGCCAGAAGUCCUGACUCCAAAAGUCAGGUGUUGAGCUCCAGCCACAGAAAGGGCACCGUGCCCUCCAGCCCUCCUCAGCUGAAACUGAAUCUGGAAAAUCAAGACCCGCCUAAAAAGAGCUCUGUGGAGACACUUUUAAGUAACUGUCAGAAACCCAAAUCUGGUCCCAAGCUGAAGAGACUGAACAUCAAAAGCAGAAGCAAAGUCAGUUCCGAGGCCCCUGCUGCUAACGUGGCUAAGCCUGGGGGGGUCGACCACAGGAGAUCCCUCAUUUCACCCCAGGCCUCCCACAAAGUGCUUUCUAAGGUAGAGUCACACCGCGUCCACACGGCCCAUGAGGAACCAGACCAGAAUGCCACAGCCACCCCCGCAUCUCCCCAGUGUGGACUGGACAGUAAGCUGCCCCCCGCAGCCUCAGGAUCACUGAAGGCCUCAGUAUCAGACACAAGCAUCAGAACAUUCACUUCACCCCUGACCUCCCCCAACGCUCUUCCUGAGCAAGGUUCUUGCAGCAGGUUCCACAUGGCUUUCCACUCGGAGCCCGACAGGGGUUUCCCAGCCGCCCCCAGAUCUCCUAAGUGUGGACUGGAGCACAGGGCUCCCCCCGCCACCUCAGGGGUGAGUCCACUGGUGCCCAGGAACAGCACAUCCACUGCCCCAACCGAGCAGGAGAUCCCACCUCCCGGGCACAAUGAGUGGCUUGUGUGUGGCCAAGCAGAUUCAGCACCAGAGGCAGCCCAAGCUCGGGGGACUGGAGGCACAGGAAACAAUUCAACUACCAGUGGCCCCCUAGAAGGAGCAAACCAGCUGAAAAUUGUUGAGAUUUCUUCUGAAAGAAUGCCAAGCAAUGCAUGCGGUGACAAGCCAGCUGAAAAUGACAGGCGAGGAGAGUUCUUGGCCCAGAGCAACUGUCAGGAGAACAGUGAAAUCAGACUCUGUCACCAGGCAGUGGAAUUGUCCCCAAAUCAUCCCUUGUCACUCCCAUCUCAUGCCUGCCAGGUGGAGCAGGAAACGCAACGAUCUUUCAAAGUGGCAAAACUGGCUUCCUCCUGCUCGUCCCCGCAACUGCCUACUAAAAAGUUAGAUGCCAACCAGGGAAAGUUGAGCCAGAUGUCUGACUCCCUAGAGAUGCCCCAAAACGGCACACCCGCGGGCCCAGCCCUGGAUGACCAUCCCUACUUCAUGCCCAGGCCGGCGACCCGCACCUACUCCAUGCCAACCCAGUUCUCGAGCCACUUUGGACGGGAGGGGCAUGCCCUGCACAGCCCAAGUCACUCCUACCGAGACUGCCAGGUGCCCACGACAAGCGGUGGCCUCUCUGAGGCCAAAGCUUCCAGAGGCGGCGUCCUUGGCCUGGCCAACGGGCAGGGCGUAUAUAGUGUAAAGCCCCUGCUGGAGACCCCGAGGAACCUUCCAACGGCAGACGAUGGGGCUGUCCUUUCAGCACCAGAAACGAGCUGCCCAGUUGCAGACAAAAUCAGGGUCACCAGAAGACAUUACUACUCUGAGCAGCACUGGCCCCAUGAAUCUACCUCAUUUUUCUCUGUGAAGCAGAGGAUCAAGUCCUUCGAGAACCUGGCCAAUUCCGACCGGCCGGCAGCCAGGGCCGGGGCUCCCGCCUUCCUGUCAGUGAGCUCCAAGCCCCCCGUUGGGAGACGCUCGUCGGGCAGCACCGCUUCUGGGAGCUGCAGCCAGGCUGGCGACGCGACGGCACGAGCCCUGAGACGCAGCCUGAGCUCCUGCAGCGAAAGCCAGAGUGAGGCCAGCGCCCUCGCCCCGCCCAUGACCCAGUCCCCGUCCAGCACGGCGCUGGCGGCCUCCCGGCAGAGUGCGGCGGAGGCAGGGAGCAGAGGCUGCGGUUCAGCCCCGGGGCCACCGCCUGGCCCUGCGGGCACUCCCAGCCCGACAGUGACCCCGGCCUCUCCCGCCAGGAGGAACCGGUCCUCCGUGCGCCACACCCAGCCGUCGCCUUUGUCCCGCUCCAAGCUGCAGGAACUGAGGGCCCUGAGCAUGCCCGACCUUGACAAGCUCUGCAGAGAGGACUUCUCGGCCGGGCCGACUGCCGUGCUCUUCAAAACCGAGCUGGAAAUCGUCCCCAGGAGGUCGCUGGGCUCCCCUGCUGGAGGCCUCAAUGGGAGCAGGGCCUGCCCAGGAGGAAGCAGCCCUAAGGCCGGAGUGCCUGGGACACCCAGUCCAGCCCACGAUGUGGGUGAAACCACCCAGGACCUGCCUUCGGGAAAAAGCUGGUCAAUUAAUCUGGAUCAACUUCUGGUCUCAGCGGGGGAGCAGCAGAGAUUGCAGUCUGUAUUAUCAUCAGUGGGGUCAAAGUCUGCCGUCCUGACCCUCAUUCAGGAAGCGAAAGCACAAUCAGAGAAUAAAGAUGUUUGCUUCAUAGUCUUGAAUAAAAAAGAAGGCUCAAGUCUGGGAUUCAGUGUGGCAGGAGGGACGGAUGUGGAGCCAGAAUCAGUUGUGGUCCACAGGGUGUUUUCUCAGGGGGCAGCUUCUCAGGAAGGGACUGUGAGCCGAGGGGAUUUCCUUCUGUCAGUCAAUGGUGCCUCCUUGGCUGGCUUGGCCCAUGGGGAUGUCCUGAAGGUCCUGCACCAGGCGCAGCUGCACAGAGACGUCCUCAUGGUCAUCAAGAAGGGGAAUGGUCGGCCCAGACCCUCCACCAGGCAGGAGCCUCCCACGGCCCCUGGGAGUGGCUCACUGUCCAGCAGCACCAGCCCCCUGCGGCCUGGAAUGGAUGCCUUGGCUGCCGAGAAAAGUGCAGCUGCACACGAUGCUCUGUGUGUUGAAGUGCUGAAGACUUCGGCUGGGCUGGGAUUGAGUCUGGAUGGAGGAAAGUCAUCUAUGUCUGGAGAUGGGCCGCUGUUUAUUAAGAGAGUGUACAAAGGUGGUGCGGCUGAACAAGCUGGAACCAUAGAAGCUGGAGAUGAAAUUCUUGCCAUUAACGGGAAGCCCCUGGUUGGACUCAUGCAUUUCGAUGCCUGGAAUAUUAUGAAGUCUGUCCCAGAAGGGCCUGUGCAGUUAGUAAUUAGAAAGCACAGGAAGUCUUCAUGAAACCAGCACUAGUAGUGACACUCAGCAGUGCUUGUUACCUUUUUUAACAAGAAUCUUAUUUUCUCAGUUCCCUUCUUUAACAAACCAAUGACUUCUUUAAAUGACGGUUCCUGAAACAACAGAGAAACACUGGCAUAAGCAAAGACUAUAAAAAUCUCCAAGUUUUCACUUAUACAUGAAGCUGAGUUCUGGAAACCUUCCACUUGGAUCACCAAGGCCUGGAAGGCUUAUUUUGCCCCCUUCCUUUGAAACAUUUAGACCUUUGCAUCCUUCUUGCGACCUCUCCCAGCACACCCAGUCCUGGCAAUCGGGGAGCUAACAAAGUCUGAGGGACAACACAAAUGUCACAGCUAAAACAAUGAUAGUUUUAUAUAAAAAUUUCAUGAGUAAGCAACAGAAUGCUUUUAGGCACAUUCAGUGGAAGGACCUGUAGGGUCAGUGUUACCCUGAAAAGAAAAUGAGACUUAAAAAAAAUGGUUAGGCUGAGCUCAGGAAUUGUCCAAAAAUGAAAAAGCAAAAUACAGAAAGUUUUAUUUUUUAGUAUAAUGUGCAAUAUAUGGAUGCAGAGUUCACUUUGAUGAGUUAAUGAUCACCAUGAAGUGCUGAUCAUGAUCUGAAAGUGUAAGUCGUAAGGCUAUUUUACAGAAAUGCAGUUCCAAUAGACUCUACUAAGUAGCCAUGAACGUCACUGCUUAGACUAAGCAGGAAGUGCCAGCUAUGAAAACACCCAGCCUGUAAUUUGGAACUUGUCUUGAGUAAGCGCUUGAAUUCAAAACUGGUCAACACAAGAGCAGGUAAAAAUAUCAUUGUCACUGGGUUUCCAUUUCUGUAUUUUUUGCACUCCAAUCCACUAAUUUAAAUUGUUAGAAAUCAAGUAUCUUUUUCAUAUCCUUGGAGUCAUCAACAUAGGCAUUUUAUUUACAAUCUGAACAGAGGAACUAAAAUCCUUCAGGGGACUUUUUAUUUGGUCAAUUUUUCCCCCUUUCCCAACAAGCUUAAGAAAUGUAACAUUUCUAAUUGGAUCUAUUUUCCUGACCUGGAUGUAAUGACAUAGCUCUGCAGUUACUGAAGGUUUUGCUGUCUUUGUUCUUGUUUGCAAAUUUUUCCUUUUGCCAAAAAUGUUUCCUGGCAGAAGACUUGUGACUCACACUACUUGUGAAUACUCAUCCCAGCUGCUUGCUCUCCUUUCAAAGCACAAGCUUCCUCAUAGUGGCUGCUGCCUUUCAAAGUGAUGUUCCUUGUCACAAAAUGCUUCUCUCCCCUUGUAUACUGUACCUUCUGUUCUUAAAUUCCAGCGCUUCAUUAGCUUCAUUUACCAAAAUGUAAUAAGAAAACUGGAAAUGAGGGUGAGUCACUUUCAAGGUAAAGGAGACUAUGUAGUCACAAUCCAAAUCCUCAGGUGGCACAGGCCGGCUCACGGAGGAGCACAAGUGAGCGCGCGUGAUGACACUAAGGUUUUCACGUUGGAGAUUUCUUUAAACACCCUUCAGCUUGGGUUUAUGGCUUCAAGACCCAGAAGGACUCAGGGGCCAUCAUACCCAUCCUAAUCACGGAGGUGCUUGAGCAUCAUUUUACUUACCUUUGUGCAUCAUUUUUCUGAGUGACUAAUCCCAGUAAGCCUCUGUGGAGUUGGCCGAAAGAGGUCUCAGAUGGGAACGAAUAUCUGACUGGUGUGAGCCCAGACUUCUCAUAUUUUUAGCAGCUUAUACAAAAGAGAAUGUAGUUCUGGAAUUAGCUAGACAGAUCUGAUUAAUUUAGCUUCUACAUUUCACUACAGUUUCAGAUAGGCUACUAUAGGAAGUCAGUGCAAGGUGCAUGCUAGAUUGUUUUUUAAGUAUCUGGGGUCAGUUUUAUGGUUUCUGCUUUCCUGCCUAAAUGACAGAAAGACUGAAGUCAACACUGAAAACUGUGUUUUGCCUCCACUCUUCCACCUGUGCCUACUGUUAAGAAAUGCACAAUCCUCUGCUAACAGACAGGACUCUCUAGAGCAGUAUGGAGCACCGGAAUGGCCUUCUGAGAGUCCCUGAUGCAAGGGUAGACCUCUGGCUGAAUAAACUAUGACAGAGUCAUCAGCUGUUUCUAGUAGAUCUUGCCAGAAGGGUUCUCUGGCCUCAGAAUUUAAGGGAGGAAGCAAAGCUAAACUGUUUUUGACCCUACAAAGAAAGCUAUUUAUUUGUCUUCAGUGUUCAAGGCAUGACUAGUAUUUCUAAUUAGUCUAAUGAAUUCCCACACUUCCUGAGUGAACACUAAUGGUAUUGCCCUACUAAAACUUUCAUUGUUUUGGUUUUUUAACUGGUCAGUUCAUCCACAAUAAGCUAUGAAGGUAAAUAUGUGUAUAACAUGUAUAUCGUAGUUGCAAGGAUAUACCGUGAAGGUUGAAGUAGGUUGGGUUUCGUUUCUAUGCUCCCAUAUGCAUCUCACUUAAUUUUAUGGUUGACUUAAUUGACACCAUACCCCUUGUAUAUUACACAUUAUCCUUUAUUUAUGUAAAAUAAAAUGCCUUAUAUAUUAAAGAGUAAGUGCAAUAAUAUGAAAUAGCCUGUACAUUUUUUAAAUGUCACCAAGUUAUGUAAAUCCACAUCUCUGUAAACCUUUUUUAAGUAAUUUUAAAAUAAACACUCUGCUUACUA